CACUUCUCUAUGCUUGAAAGUGAUCAUUUCGAUAUCAAGCCUUGGGCCGAACUUCAUGCGAUUUACAGCUCCAAAGGGCACUCAGGAGGCGCAGCAUAUAGCAAAUCAGGAACAAGUAUCCCCAGAAAGUAGCUUCGCUAGCGUAGUGUAUCAGCCAUUCCCGCCUCCGCCCCGGUCAAGCGCACACCCUCCGUCACUCUUCCUGCAGCGCAAGCUGUCAUGAGGCUCUUCGCAGCCUUAUUUACUGCUACUACUGCGCUCCCCUGUUAUGCGCAGACCCGUUGCAUUCCGACUCCAUCAACCUGAUCAAAGACCAAACAGUGGAUCCCCCUAGGAGCAAACCCACGGUACAUAUCGAGCUACUGCGCAGACCGACAUCAUGCUGCAACCACCGAUAGAACCGCGCUCGAGGCCGCUGAGCAUCAAGACGACGGGGACCACAGCCACUUCGGCAACGGUACAAGAUAAGUCAGGGGACACUUGGAAAAUGAGAGUGGACAAGGACAAUUGCUGGGACGAUCUCAUACUCACGCUAGAUGGUGGAGGCAUUAGGGGCUACUCCAGCCUGCUCAUCCUCAAGCAACUCAUGCAUGAAGUCGCCGAAUGCGAGAUACGAUUACAGAAGGAAGAGGGCCCGGUUGCAGGAAGUCAAAGGCGCGAGUUCAACGAGAAUGAGCUGCUGCCAUGUCACUACUUCGACUACAUGUAUGGCACGAGCACAGGCGGCCUCAUAGCCGUCAUGCUAGCCCGCCUACGCAUGACCGUACCGCAAUGCCUCGAAAUCUAUCGGAAGGUAGGCCACGAGCUAUUCGGCCAUCGGAGAAACGUCCUACCGUUGGCGACCAAAUACCACCAUAAGCCGUUGGAGAAGGCGGUACGCGACAUAGUUAGUCAAUACUGCAAGCAUCAUGAGGGCUGUAAAGGUGAUGAUAUGCACCCUUGGUACCCGAACGAAGAUGAUGCGCCCGCGAACGCGUCUGGUUUAAGCUCACUAGAAAGCUCGGCCGCGUGGUCAAGCACACGAGAAUCGAACAUCGGCGGGCCGAGUAAGCCAACAGAGAGGAUAUGCCAGUCUAUCUGCCUCACCGCAACACACUCUGGCCAAAUCGACGAAGCCUACCUUUUACGCUCGUAUGAGCACCGAUAUGACCCUGAUAUCGCUCCGCCCUGGGUUACGCCUUACAACAAAGGCAUUGAUAAGCUUGAGAUUUGGCAAGUAACGAGGGCAACCUCGGCUGCCCCUUUCUACUUUGACAUGCUCACCGCCGACCCUGGUAACGGCAAGGGUUUCCUUGGCUUCAAAGACGGUGGAAUCCGGGAAAACAACCCCUCUUACGCUGCCUAUAGCGAACACGCUUCUCUCAAGGGCGAUCGCGACCCAGCUCUACUCUUAUCAAUCGGUACGGGAAGGCCAGACACUUCGCACGACGGUUUUGCAGCUGUCUGGCCAGGCCCUCUGGGUAGACUGCGUAUUCUCCAAAAAUGGAGCGAAAAGUUUGCAGUAUUCAAGAAUGUAUUGAUCAAGUACACCGAGGGCGAGGAUCGACACAAAAUGAUGCGGACUAUUGCCAAGGGGGAACACAGAUGGUACAAGCGCUUGAAUGUGGACACUGGGCUUCAAGAUCUCGCGCUUGACAAUUGGGAGAAGGGGUCUUGGACAAAUCCGCAAACUGGCGAGACAAAAGUCGUUAACGGAGGCACAACACUUUCAAAAAUGGAAAAGGCUACGUCUGAAUAUUUGACAAGACAAGAUACAAGACAGAUAGGGGGGUUCCCAGAAUACCAACCGCCGAAGAUCGUGCUGCAGCAGGUUGCAGAGAGGCUAGUGAGGCAUAGGAGGCUCCGCGAGGCUACCAAGGCUGAAGACCUCAAGCGAUGGCAGACGCACAUGGGCCAGUGGCUCACCGGUGAGCUCAAGCCUGAAGACACCAUGAUUCAGCCUGCCCCUCCAGCGCCUAAGAAAGGCUCUCGGGUCAAUAUCUCUUAACAACGCUCGGAGCACCUCGCGAGCUUUGCAGCUGCUCGCUCGAUCUAGGAUGACACAGCUAGACGACUACUGUGGUACCAUUUACCAAGCCCACGACCUCUCCAACAAAAAUUCCCAUCAAAAUACUCUCUUCAGUCAGCAUAGCGUUCUAUUGGUCAGAAAAUUGUUUCAAUAUUGCAUGGCAUGGCAUAGCAUAGCAUAGCAUAGCGCACGGAGCACUUACGAUAUCACAUACACAUCCUCCCGAGGCGUCGGUACGAGGAAAAUCUAUAUGGCAACUGGCGUUUGGAACAUCUUUCAUUUCGUAAGUAUCUAGUGGCAUUUCCAGUUUAUACAAGGCGCAUAGCGUGGGCAGCGCGGAAAGAAAAGGAAUAAGAUACCAUUUUCUUAUAUACAUUAGUAAUCGAUCUUAUAUACAUUAGUAAUCGAAUGCAACG